AUGGGGGAAGGUAAACACCAUGCAGAUUAUACGAGCUAUUCAGUUAAUAGUGGAAAGGAAGAAAUUUUACAGUCUGUAUUUGAUUCAUACGAAGCAUUAUCAUACGACACCAGGAACUGGGUAGCUAAUUUGGCGAACUGUUCGUCAUUAUUAUGGCAUGCAUAUCAUUCGAUGAAGGUUAACGUUAAUUGGUCUGGAUUCUAUGUCUUAAGUAAACCCAAGACAGAUGAAUUAAUAUUAGGGCCAUUUCAAGGCAAAGUAGCUUGCCAAACAAUAAAGUUUGGAAAGGGGGUUUGUGGAAAUGCAGCAUCAUCAGCAAAGACUCAGCUAGUUGCAAAUGUAAACGAGUAUCCAGGGCAUAUAGCUUGUGAUGGAGAAACUCAGAGUGAAAUAGUUGUACCAAUUGUAAACAACGGCCAAGUAGUAGGAGUCUUAGAUAUUGAUUGCUUAACUUUAGAAGGGUUUGAUGAAGUAGACGUGAAAUACCUUGAGCAGUUAGCCGCUUUAAUUAGCAAAACUUGUGAUUGGUAG